AAAAAAUAAUGUUCAGACUUGCAGUCGAAGUUGCAAUUGGAAUUCAACCAAAAUUGACAAAAUUCUCUUCUUGCUUUUUCUUGAUAUAAAACUACAUAUGUACGACAUAACCGUGAUAUACAUUCAGAAAAAGAUGAAUCUUUUCUGAGGUUUGCAAGUUGGAUUGUGCUCAACACCGAUUGCAUACAAAGCAGGACAGGCGUAUAUCAUCUAUUGCCUUCUUCUGUUUAUAGCGAGGGGAGGUUGCAUUGCCCGGAGGAAAGGCAGAGGAGGGUGAUGUUGAUGAUGCAGCAACAUCAUUAAGGGAGGUAAAGGAGGAGAUUGGGCUUGAUCCAGCCUUGGUCACCGUCGUUUCCUCGCUUGAGCACUUCUUGCCCAAGGUAAGAUGUCUAUGAGUUACCUCUAUGCCAUGGCCCAUAGUGCCCCGUAUAAGAAGGCCAAGGCAUUCUCUGAGUCUGAUCUUGAUGAUCCAAAGAACUUCACCAACCGCGCCUCCCACAACAAGCUCGUGAGGUACAGAGACGAGGGGAAGGCGAGGAAAGGGCCGGACUUUAACCCGAGCCAGCCUAUUGAUCCAGAGCUGGUGAUGAUAUCUGGUGGCGGAGGAACCAUGGCUUGUUAGCCAUUGGGGAUGGACUGAUACGUUGUACUAGCACUCUCCUGCAGAUCAAGAGGCGCCAGACGAGCUCCGAUCCUAAGAUAAGGCCUCGUCCACGGCCAAUGGAUCUCAAAAUCAAGGCUACUAUUGAGGAAGAGAGAGCAAAGACCCAGGAGCUUCUGGCGGAGGAAAGGAGGCAGGCGGCGGAGAGGGAGAGGGAGACUGAGGAGAGGACGGCUAGGCUUUUGGAGGAGGAGAGGAACCAGAACGACUUGGCUAACCGGGCCAUAUACGAGCUCUUCGCGUCCAUGUGCGAGAAGAACGAUCAGACCCCUCCGCCGAUGCCAGUCAUUGCUCCAGCGGACACGCAUAACUCCCGACAAGCAUCGACGUCUGCCAUUGGCGCGAGCAAGAACCCUGAUCCUCCUCCGUCUGCCACUACCGCGAGCAAGAACCCUGAUCCUUCACCUACGGGUUGACGAUUUGCUUCAGAUCACGGAAGCUUGGGUUGAUGGAGUGCUUGUCUUUAGUUUUUGUUUUGACAUUGUGAAACUUGCUACCUAUGAUGAAACUGUGCAAUAUUGAUGAAACUAUGUAUAUGUAUGGAUGAAACUUGCUACUAUUGGUAACAUGUGUUGGAUAUGUGUUGGAUA